ACAUCUUUACCAGAGCGCAGGAUAUAAUCAUCUGAUUGUGACGACGCCUUUUGGUGAAAACAAAUUUUGUCUGUUGCGCGUGCUCGCAUGAAAAGCAUGGGGUAGACAGCGCAUCAGGAAUUAUACAAAGUUGGCACGUCUGCGCGUUUCUUCACGUUGGCCGCACACAAAUGAUUCCCCCGACAGACCAAUUGAUGCACCCCCUCACAUUGCAUUGAAGCUACCAGCGAGCCCCAAGCUGCUUUUCGCUUUAUAUUGUUUUAUAUCCCUCUGCAUUAAUUCGCAUUUCAACUAUAACCUCGGAAGUCACGCAGCGUCUUCGGAAACUGUGGAUCUGGUAUCGAUAUUCCUUGUUUUCCCUCCGGACUCCGUUCUCCCUCCGUACGGGGAUACGGACGAAUCUUUUGGAUCGUAGUUAAGGCAGCUUGGACCAUCUGAAACUUGACCUACAGUAGUCACACAUUCUGCUGCAUUAACAACUCACAAUGCAAUAGACUCCAUAUUAUCAAACCAACCUACACCGAAUUUUGCAUCUCACCGCUAGAGUAUUUUUACUACCCCGGCCACCUACAAAUAUCCAUCACAAACUACCUGAUAUUGUACAUUUUGCGACCUGACCUGACGUGUUCUUCUCCGUACAACGGUUAGAAAUACCGGGUCAGAACCGUCUUUUACUCCCGCAGCCGAUUAACGAGCCAACCAGAUUGCAUUUAAUCAAUACCGGGUUGCCAAACGUUUCGCUUCGCUUCAGCUCCUCUAGGACCAGAUCCAGGCGUCUCAGCAUUGGGUUUUAUCAGUGGUUUCGCUGCCAUUACCCACUAAAUUCUGCCUUGGACACCAGUCAAAUUUGAAGCCUUUAAGCCCUUAGAAAGAAAAAAAAAUUGCUGCAGUGCAGCUCCGAGCUCCCCACUUCAGACAUCCUCUCCCAAUCAUCCUGAAGCUGUUUGCCCGGGGAAUCCUGUAGCGUCAUCCCCACGAUCCGCACUCCUGGGAAAUCCUAUCCUGUCCAGCCGUCUCAAUUCCUUCUCGCUUCAUCACCGGAUUCCUUCUAAACCUCACGUCGCUGCUGCCGCCCUGGGUGCUGUCCACAAUUCUCUUGAAGUGCACUCCUUCCUUGAGUACUUCUGGCAACUAAUCACGCCGACCGACGAGACCCGAAGCUAUCCCACACUCGCUCGCUCAUUGUUUUCGCCUCCCAAUCUCCAUCACGCACGCGCCUCAGUCCCUUCUUCCCGCCGUCCUCGAGCUUUCGUCACAGCUGCCGAUUUGCCGGCACUUCAGUACUUCCUCCAUGAUCACGGGAAGGUGAUUGCCAUUUCAACAUGGCCUUCAACUUCAACUGGUCGCCGCUAACCGCGGACGCCGACUUCUACCGUCGUGCGCGCGACCUUUUAACCAAGGCCCUAAACAAGAGUCCGAAGCCGCCUAUUAUUGUCGAUGAUAUUCUUGUCAGCGAAUUCAACCUUGGGACCGUACCGCCCGAUCUUGAAAUAUUGGAAAUUGGUGACCUUGCAGAGGAUAGGUUCCGGGGCAUCUUCAAAAUGACAUAUUCUGGUGAUGCUUUCCUGACCCUCAAGACACGAGUCCAAGCAAAUCCUUUGAAUACAUAUCUCUACUCUAAACCGACUUUCACAUCUCCUCAACCGUUGGCCGCCGCUUCUGGCCUAACAAUUCCACUCUCGAUCACAUUAUCUGAUUUCAAGCUUUCUGCUUUCAUCAUACUGGUCUUCUCAAAACAAAAAGGACUAACCCUCGUCUUCCGAAAUGACCCACUCGAAUCCCUCAAGGUAUCCUCUACCUUCGACUCGAUACAGUUCGUUCGCGAUUACUUGCAGAGAACAAUUGAGCAACAACUACGCAACUUGAUGAUGGAUGAAUUACCGGCAAUUAUUCACCGACUGUCUCUUCAAUUAUGGUGUCCUGAUCAGGCCAACAAGGGCACUGAAACACCAGCUGAGAAGGAAGACGAAGCUAGCGUUGACCCUCUGGCCAGCCCUCCUUUAGAUCCCGUGGAUGCCAAUGGCAAUCUCCUCGAUCCCAAUGCUAUUUCUGAGCUCACGUUGAAUGGAAGUGGAGAAGUCCAGUCACUGUUUUCUCAGAAGAAUUUGUUGCGUCUUGCCGCCUUGACCGAUUCGCAUCGCACCUUAUCACUCUUCACUCCCGGUAUUCGAGAUGUGGUCUUCCGUGCUUGGACAGGUUAUGGAGAACGAUCAGAAACGUCUACGCCCCUGCUUUCGACGCCCACUCUCACCAAGACCAUGUCAUUCCACGCAGGCAAUUCGACAACAUACACCUUUUCAGAUACAGCGAGCAACGCACACGGUCACCUCCCAUCUCGCCCUUCACUCAUCAGUAUGAAUUCGGCAACGAACGGGAGAUCCCUUGGGGCAGGUCGAUCACGGACAGGGCGCAAGAAGAAGACACGCGUGGUGAAUUUGAGGCGUACCAAAUCAGAAGUUACCACCCCAGAGACUGGCAGUGAAGCGUCAGAUACGGCAUCUGUCGAUGUCCCUCUAUCUGAGCCCAUGAUUGACGAAUCAAUCCCUGAGGAGACUGAGUCGUCUAUCAUUGCUGAGGCAUCCACACCAAAUAAAGUUCGCUUUAGAAGCGCGGGUGAGGCAGGACGUCCCUCAGUCAUGGCCACUCUUGAGGAAGCUCGGAGGAUGGGCUCCCCACUCAAGAACGCUGUUGAACCCUCAGAAUCUCAGAACUAUCCAUCGAUCGCUGCUAUCACUUCUGAACUGAAGUCCGAGAAGGGCAAAUCUCCUGGAUUGGAAAACCAAAGCAUUAGCUCAGAGACUUCUUCUGUCAUCCUUGAACAAGCUUGGAUUAUGAAGAUGGCUGGCGAAAUUGCCAAGCGAGUUUAUGACGAGAAGAACAGGCAACGUAGCCCUUGGGACGAGCGUGAGGACGCACCACCACCAGCAUACGAAGCUGCUACUCAGUAGCGGAAAAGUCACAUAUGUCAGCACAUACAACUAUCCUACUCUCGUUAGCAUUCUAUUUGUUCAUUCUUUUUAGGCAGGCGCUGGAGUUUGGAAACUUCGGGCUGAGGAAAUGGCCUGGAGGAAGCAAUUUUUUAUGUUUUUUUUUUGUGUCGUUUGGUGGCGUUGGAAGAGCCAGGGCGAAGGGUAAAAUAGGUGUGCCUGGUCAUGAGUUCUGACCGGACAGGUUUCAGAGGGGUGGUACUGUUUUUCGUCCUCUAUUUCUAUGCCACGACACAGUUGUCUGUUUGGACUGGUCGAUAGCCCCAGGGGGGUUGACUCAUGACGAUGUCAGAGUCUUUACAAUGUUAUUUACAAAAUGAUAGGCGAGACAGGCGGGGUUUAGACGGUCAGAGAGAUCGUUGGGGUAUCUAGAAGAUAUCAUGGUAUCAAGACCAAGGAACGAGGAACGAGGCUAGUGUUGGUUUUAUAUAACCGCGUAGUACUCGCAAAACAACUCCAAUUCACAUUCGAUAAACAGAUCAUGGCUUCUUAAUGAUUUGAUUGAACUAGAAUGUGCCAUAGAAGAUGUGCUUAUAAUCAAAUAGGUAU